GAGUUGUUGUCUGUGUUCCAGCAAAAACUCAACUCGGCGGUCCGGCUGGACAACCUGGCCAACACGUCGAUCAACCACUUGAAAUUCCUGAACGACGAGUUCCAGUUCCUGGCCACAACUAAUGGCGUGUGUCUGGAUAACAAGUUUGCGGAGAACCUCAAAAACGACGUCAACCUCCUGAACUCGAAGAACUCCAUCCUCGAGAAGAUCUUCAAGCGCCACAAGCAGGUGGAGUCCGAGUCUAACCUGCUGAACAAUUUGAAGUCGGAGGUGCUCAACUACCUGGUGGACGUGCAGACCGAGCGGGAAGGCAAAAAGACUUCCUUGGCCUCUACUGCUAUCUCGAAUAAUGCUGCUGCUGGCAGUAAAAGGCGGAGGAAGCCAACCACCAAGGCGGAGGAGAUGCUAGACGAGGCAGAUAUGGAAAAUGAGUUUGCCGAAAUCUUCGAACAACCGAAGAAGAGAAGAAGAAGAGCAGGAGCCGCCGCAGCCGCCACUACUGCAGCUGCGUCCUCUGCUUCCACCUCCAAAUCCAGUGCUGCUACAGCUACUGCCGGGCGUUCGGGCGCCACCAAGAAAUCCCCAGAUGCCGAUGAAAACACCCUUGAGUCAAACGACGAAAACGAUGAUCAAGAAGGCACCACGCCUAAGCUCUCUGUGAAAGAAUUGAAGAGUCUUGAACGUCAAUACGACAACACCUACCUUUCCAUAUGGAAAGAUCUGUCAAGAAAGGACAGUCCAAAGGCGUACAGGUUAUUCCAACAAACUGCGCAAGCCAAAUCGAUCAACUUGAGGAAGACGGCACAAUUAGCUGCAAGAGAAUCAAGAAAAUGGCAGGUGAAAACCACAAAGGCCCAAAAGGACCAGGUAACCAAGGCCAGAAGAUCUAUGAGAGAAAUGUUGAACUUCUGGAAGAAGAACGAGAGAGAGGAAAGAAACUUGAGAUUGAAGGCUGAGCAAGAAGCACUCCAAAGGGCAAAGAAGGAGGAAGAAGAGAGAGAAGCUAAGAGACAGGCAAGAAAGUUAAACUUUUUAAUUAACCAAACCGAACUAUACUCCCAUUUCAUUGGUAGAAAAAUCAAAACUAGUGAAUUCGAAGGGGACAUGGGUGCUGAGCCAAUUCCUGGAUAUGGUGCCGGAAGUGCCUCCCACAAAGUCGCAAAUGAAGCUGACGUGGAUAUGAGUUUGGCAACUAAAGACUUUGACAACUUGAACUUUGACGAAGAAAAUGAAGAAGCCUUGCACAAGAUGGCUGCUGCUAACGCUCAGAGUGCGUUGAUGGAAGCUAAGAACAAGGCACAUCAAUUCAACGAUGGUAUUCCAAGAGCAUCCGAUGGGGAUGAUGAUGAAAAAAAUGAAGGUGAGAUGAACUUCCAGAACCCAACCUCUAUUGGUGAUAUCACUGUCGAACAGCCAAAACUACUCAACUGUACACUAAAAGAAUACCAACGUAAGGGUUUGAACUGGCUUGCCAACUUGUACGAGCAAGGUAUCAAUGGUAUUUUGGCAGAUGAAAUGGGUUUGGGUAAAACCGUCCAAAGUAUAUCUGUUUUGGCAUACCUAGCAGAAACGCACGAUAUUUGGGGUCCCUUCUUGGUGGUUACUCCGGCUUCAACGUUACACAAUUGGCAGCAGGAGAUCUCAAAUUUUGUUCCUAAUUUCAAUGUCCUUCCAUAUUGGGGUACUGCAAAGGAUCGUAAAGUGUUGCGUAAAUUUUGGGACAGAAAGAACAUCAUCUACAAUAGAAAUUCUCCGUUUCAUGUUGUUGUUACGUCUUACCAAUUGGUUGUUGCAGAUAGUGCUUAUUUUCAAAAGAUGAAAUGGCAGUACAUGAUUUUAGAUGAAGCCCAAGCUAUCAAAUCGUCGCAAUCUUCGAGAUGGAGAUCCUUGUUGAGUUUUCAAUGUCGUAAUAGAUUAUUGUUGACCGGUACUCCAAUUCAAAACAACAUGCAGGAAUUGUGGGCUUUAUUGCACUUCAUUAUGCCAUCAUUGUUUGACUCGCAUGACGAAUUCAGUGAGUGGUUUUCGAAGGACAUUGAAGCACAUGCGCAAUCUAACUCGAAAUUAAACGAAGAACAGUUGCGUCGUUUGCAUGCUAUUUUGAAGCCUUUCAUGUUGCGUAGAAUAAAGAAAAAUGUUCAGAGUGAAUUGGGAGAAAAAAUUGAGAUUGAUGUUUACUGUGACCUCACAAACAGACAGAAGAAGCUAUAUCGUAUGCUACGUUCUCAGAUAAACUUGAUGGACUUGAUUGAAAAUAACAAGAGAAUUGGUACGAACGAAGACGUUGAAUCUUUGAUGAACGUUGUCAUGCAAUUCAGAAAGGUUUGUAAUCAUCCUGACUUGUUCGAAAGAGCAGAUACAAAAUCAGCUUUUUGUUUCGGAGAUUUCCCAAUGACAGAAAGUUUAAUUCGGGAAGUGAACGAAUCCACCCUAGAGUUGAAUUACAACACCAAGAAUUUAAUUAAAUACAAACUACCGAAAACAAUCCUUGAAGAGUGUUUGCUACCAUCAUAUGAGAAGAGGAGCUUGACCGAGAAGGACAGCUUAAUCAAUAGGAUGUUCAAUGUCUACCAACCAAGACAUUAUAUUCAUGAUGAUGACAGCGAAUUGAGUAUAUUGAAGUUUGUGAACGAAACUCCUUGCGAAAUUGAAAAAAUAGUAUCAAGAAAUCUGGUCACCAAUGCUAUCAAUAAUAAGAGUUAUAUUGAAAGCACAAAAGAUGAGCAAAAUAGGCUAUAUAGAGAGAUAUACUGUACUGACAACAAAAACUCGUUGAUUUUCAGUGAUUCCAAGGAUAGAGUGCCGAGCUUUCUAAAAAAUUUAACCCAUGACGUGUCAAAAAGUAUGUACAUGAGAUCUUUCCAGCCAGGAUAUUUUGAAACAGCUUUGGCUUCACCUAUUGAGAUUGUUUGUUCGAAAGAAAAUUUUAAUGUUAUCAAAGACGAUGCAUUCUUCAACAAAACAAUUAGACAAGCCUUAUUACCUUUGGAUUUGAACACACAGGCAGAAUUGUUGGAAAAACAAGUUUGGGUCAAAGACUGGCCCAAGGCAGAAAUGCUACCAGUAGAAGACUCAAAUUACAAGCAAGGCGGAACUAUACGUUUACCGUCAAUGGAAAGAUUUGUUCUCGAAAGCGCCAAAUUGAAGAAACUAGAUCAAAUGCUUGUAGACUUGAAAAAGGGAGACCAUAAGUGUUUGAUUUAUUUCCAAAUGACCAAGAUGAUGGACCUUAUGGAAGAAUACCUAUCCUACAGACAAUAUAAAUACAUUAGACUUGAUGGUUCUUCCAAAUUAAGUGAUAGAAGAGAUCUUGUCAAUGAUUGGCAGAGUAAUCCAGAAUUGUUCAUCUUCCUCCUAUCCACCAGAGCCGGAGGGUUGGGUAUCAAUCUUACUGCUGCAGAUACGGUCAUUUUCUACGACUCGGAUUGGAAUCCUACAAUUGAUUCGCAGGCCAUGGAUCGUGCGCAUCGUUUGGGACAGACAAGGCAAGUUACUGUGUACAGAUUGUUGGUUCGUGGGACUAUUGAAGAAAGAAUGAGAGACCGUGCCAAGCAAAAAGAACACGUUCAACAGGUUGUCAUGGAAGGUAAAGUCGAUGCGGUCAAUGAAAAGGAGGAGAAGGAGAGAGAGAAGAAGGAAAUGGCUCUCUGGCUCUUGGAAGAC